GCUCAAUUCAAGCGACCGCCAACGUGUACAUUGCUGAUCCGUUACAUGUUUCCUAUAUAAACGAUAAAAGGUACUUCACUGUAUGAAUUAUAGCGGAGUGCUGGAAAAUGAAAGCUCCAGUGGCGACCAUACUAGGAUGCCUGCUGCUAGCGGGCUCGAUCCAGGCUUACAACGAAAUAUGUAUCGGUGUACCUAACCUUACUUACGUGAGAAGCCCUCAAGCAUGCUACCUUUACUACGCCUGUAUAGACGGUCAGGCAUAUGGAUACACAUGUCCCGAUGAUCUUUGGUUCUCUAUGGAGUUGCAACGUUGCGUGCCUCAGGAUGAGGCAGACUGCGACAUCGAACCAGCACCGGAGCUCCCGGAAGCACCACCGAGGCCUCCAUCACCAGAAUGCGAAGAUGUGCCUGAUUUUACCUAUCUCGCGAGCACCACAUCCUGUCAGUUUUAUUACCAAUGCAUCGAUAAUAUCGCCUUCCGGCUAUCGUGCCCUCGUGGAUACUGGUUCAGCAUUGAGCUCGGCCGUUGCGGUAAUCGGUUUGAAGUUGAGUGUGACAUAGAUGAACCGACGCUAACACCAACGCUCCCCACUCCUGGUCCUUCAGAACCAAAUCUUUGCUUUGGUCGUCCCAACUUUUCGUACGUACAGCAUCCACAAUUUUGUCAGUUAUUCUACUACUGCCUGAAUGGUACACCCUUCCCCAUGAUCUGCCGGAACGGAUUCUUCUUCGAAGAAAACAUUCAGGAUUGCAUUCCGGAGGAAGAGGCACAGUGUAGUAAUCCAGGAUUACCGGGAUCAACUCCAGGGCCAACACCAGGAAUUUGCAACAAUGUAGAAGACGGUGUGAUGGUUAUCAAUCCGCAGUUCUGCAAUCAGUAUUAUGUCUGUGUGGAAGGCACUGCGUAUCCGACACUUUGUCCCGACGGUACAUGGUUCGACGACGAGCAGCAAUCCUGUGGUAAUCCUAUUGAUGUUUUUUGCCCAAAUGGUCCACCAACCACACCGACUCCGAACGUGUGCGUCGGCAUUGACGACGGUGAGUAUGUACCCAGCCCACAACGCUGCGAAGCAUAUUACGUUUGCGCCGAUGGUAUCGGAUAUAUUCUGUACUGCUCACCCGGACUAUGGUUCGAUCAAACCACUCGCGAGUGCAUCUCACCUGCCGAUGCUAUAUGCAACGUGCCCACACCUCCUACUCCACCUCCAACACCAACUAUACCGCCUACUGUACCGCCUACCGGACCACCAGAACAGGGUAACCAGCAGUGUAUUGGACUCCCCAAUGGUACCUAUGUACCUAGCCUAGACGACUGCAGCCGUUUCUAUAUCUGCUUCAAUGAGGGUGCAUAUCCGAGCAAUUGCCUCGGUGGCUUGUACUUCAACCCGGAAACGAUGCUUUGCGAUUUGCCGGAGAAUGUGCAGUGUAAUGUUAGCCGUCAAAAAUUAGACGCCUAGUAAUCGGCACUUACAAACUCAACAAUUCUGUCUUAUGAAAGUUCCAAUAAAUUUUGCUCUCAGUUUAUCGCCCGA